AUGGCGUGCGAUCUGGACCGGAUUGACCACGUACACGCCGGGAUACAAUAUUCCUAUGACGAUAUCGCGUUUCCGCCCAUCUCCACCGCUCACGGGACGUACUACGACGGCGAGCAAGACGACGUAGAGAACCUGGAGGAGUACCAGGAAGGCGGCUAUCACCCCAUCGACAUCGACAGCUAUCUAGACACGCAGAGGUACCGCGUCGUGCACAAGCUCGGCCAUGGCGCAUUCGGCACCGUGUGGCUGUGUCGCGACCACGAGCUGCAUCGGUACGUUGCCGUCAAGGUCAUGACGGCCGACGUGUCGCUGGAGAGCGUGACGGAGAUUUCCCUCCUCAAGCACCUCGACCAGACCAACCCCGGAGCGCGGCACAUUGCCCUGCCGCUGGACAACUUCCAGGUGCGCGGGCCCAACGGCACGCAUCAGUGCAUCGUCUUCCCGCUGCUGGGCCAGUCCGUGUCGCCGGUCCUGUGGCAACGACUCGAGCAUCCCGGCCUCGUCCUCAGGAACCUGUGCCGCCAGGCCGUGCUGGCACUGAACUGCUUGCACGAGAGCAGCGUCGGCCACGGAGGCAUAGACUUCCGCCCCUCCAACAUCCUGAUCAAAGUGUCCGGGCUGGACGACCUUAGCGAGGACGAGCUCCUCUCGCAGAUAGGGUACCCGGAGCCAGGCGCCGUCGUCGCCCAGGACGGCGGGCCGCUGCCGCCCUUCUCCCCCAGAUAUCUCGUCCCCGCGGCCGACAUGUCGCGGCUGGACUCCAAGUAUCUACGGGAAGAGAUCUGCCUGAUCCGCUUCGGGCAGGCGUACCUCAAGUCGAGCCCGCCGCCCGACCUGGGCACGCCGGAGAACUACCUCCCGCCAGAGCGGCUGGUCGACGACCAAAAGGACAAGGUCGGGCUGAGCUGCGACAUCUGGGCCCUGGGCUGCACGCUGUUCGAGAUCCGGCUGCAGACGCCGCUGUUCCACAUGCUCUACGGGCCAGACGAGGUGCUCGACGAAAUGGUCAGCUUCUUCGGCAAGUUCCCGGAGCCGUGGUGGUCGCGGUGGCAGCAGCACGCCGACUACCGCGACGACGAGGGCAACACGCUGCGCCGCCGCGUCGACGUGGACGGCGAGCCGUACAGCAUCGACAGCGUCCUGCGCGGCGACAAGUCCACCAUGAGCACCGUCGACGGCGUCCUGCAGGUCGUCAAGACCAUGGAGGUGCCGCGCGACGAGAUGCUCGUGCUCAAGGAGCUCCUGCUCAGGAUCUGCGCCUACGCGCCCGAAAACCGGCCCUGUACCGGCGACAUCCUGCGCGACGAGUGGUUCAGCAGGUGCGCCUAG